ACCAACAAGCCAUGUCCAAGACCACGGAGCCCCAAACACGCAGCUUAUCGAGUAGGCAGCGAUGUCCGCAGGCCAGUGGACUCGAAUGCUUGGCACCUCUGGUCUGCUCUGGGGAGGAAACCCCCGAUCCCAUCCCUACUACCAUAAAGGGAACUAUUCCAGCUUGGAUCAAUGGGAGCUUUCUGAGAAAUGGUCCUGGGAAAUUUGAAUUUGGAACAGACAGAUACACACAUUGGUUUGAUGGCAUGGCCAUGAUGCACAGGUUCCACAUCUGUGAGGGCAAUGUCACUUACAGCAGCCGCUUCCUUAGAAGUGACUCAUUUAUCCAAAAUUCAGAGAAGAAUCGCAUCGUGGUUUCAGAGUUUGGGACAUUAGCCAUGCCUGAUCCCUGCAAGAACAUCUUUGCUCGUUUCUUGUCACGCUUUCAGACUCCUAAGGCAACAGAUAAUGCCAAUGUGAACUUUGUCAAGUACAAGGGGGACUAUUACGUGAGUACAGAAACCAACUACAUGAGGAGAGUAGAUCCACAAAGCCUGGAGACAAAGGAAAAAGUGGACUGGAGUCAGUAUAUUGCUGUCAACUCAGCUACAGCUCAUCCACACUAUGACCGCGAAGGUGCCGUGUACAACAUGGGCAAUUCACACAGCAGAAGAGGAUUCUUCUACAACAUCAUCCGUGUGCCUCCUCCCGAGGAGAAGGCAGCAAUGCAGGACUCAGCUGACCUGACUGGAGCCAAAGUGAUCUGCUCCAUCCCUGCAGCUGAUCCUAGGAAACCUUCCUAUUUUCACAGCUUUGUCAUGUCGGAGAACUAUAUUGUGUUUGUUGAGCAGCCAAUCAAGAUAGACCUGCUGAAGUUCAUGCUGUACAAAAUACAGGGGAAGAGCUUUCACAAAGUCAUGACCUGGGAGCCUCAGCAUGGAAUAAUCUUCCAUCUGGUCAACAGGCACACCGGAAUGGCGAGUGAAGUGAAGUACUGUACAGCACCAAUGUUUACGCUGCAUCAGAUCAACGCUUUUGAGGACAGCGGGUUCUUGAUUAUGGACAUGUGCUGUGGGGACGAUGGUGAGCUCAUUGGGGAGUUCACGCUGGAGAACCUCCGAAGAAAUGCAGGAGAGGAAAUGGAUGAGUUUUACAACUCACUGUGCAGAAAUCUCCCAAGAAGAUAUGUCCUACCUCUGACCGUGGAUGAACGAACUCCUUUAGAUCAAAAUCUUAUCACUUUACAUAACUGUAAAGCCACAGCGAGGAAGACAAAACAUGGAGAGGUUUACGUGACCCACGAGGAGCUUCACAAUGAUGAGCUGCUGCAGUUCGGUGGCCUUGAGUUCCCUCAGAUCAAUUAUCACCAGUACAAUGGCAGACCUUACCGCUACUUCUACUCCUGUGGCUUUGGACACGUCUUCGGUGACUCCCUGCUCAAGAUGGAUGUCCACACCAAGGAGCUUAAGGCGUGGCGUUAUCCCGGCUUGUACCCGUCUGAGCCUGUCUUCGUUGCUUCGCCUAAAGCUACUGAGGAAGAUGAUGGAGUUGUCUUGUCUGUCAUCAUCACACCCAGAGAAGAGAAAAGUACUUUCCUGCUUGUUCUGGAUGCCAAGACCUUCUCUGAGCUGGGCAGAGCAGAGGUCCCUGUCAAUAUCCCAUAUGGGACCCAUGGUGUGUUUAACGAGAUGGGCUAGAUUUGCCACUCUUUGCAACUCUGUGGCAAAUUGCUGAAAUUGAACCCACAACCAGCCACUUUAUCCACAAAAUAGAAAAUCUCUGUUGAUGUCAUUCCCUGUAAAACUCCUGAACUGUAAAAAAGACAGAAAGAAAUAAGAGCUUGGAAAAACUGCAGACUCAUGCUAUUUGUUUGUGCCUCCUUGAUGGGAAUGGGUGCAUGUCCUCACCGUGUGCUGCCAUUACAGUUAGAAAGAUGGCAAUCUUUUGGAGACUAACAAGACAGAAAGCCCAGCAUGGUAUCGGAACACUGAUAUAGUUUGUCCUCUACGUGUCCUCAUGAUCUCUUGUAAGAAUCUGAAAUACUGCUUUCCUUUCAGUGCAUACAUUAAAAUAAAAUAUG